AUGGGACCCAUGUCUACAUCAGGAGUCCUGGUUGUCUGUGAUCAUGCUGGGAAAAUGACAAGUAUCGUGGCAAGGUGGCCAGGCAGCACUCACGAUUCAAGGAUUUUCUCUGAGAGUUCGCUGAAACAACAGCUGGAGGCAAGGGCAGAAGGUACUGGGUGGCUACUUGGAGAUAGUGGGUACCCCUGCCUCCCGUUCCUGAUGACCCCCAUCCUACAUCCUCAUCCAGGGCCACAGAUGCGCUACAAUAAUGCCCAUAAAAGAAGACGGUGCGUUAUUGAGCGCACCUUUGGCCGUUGGAAGAGGAGGUUCCCUUGCCUAAAUGAUCUGCGCGUGAAGGUGGACACUACCUUUACUAUUAUAGUGGCAUGCUCGGUUCUUUGGAAUAUCUCUCUCACUCAUGGAGAGCAAGAUAUUCAAGAACUUGAGCCAAUUGAUGAUGCAAUGCCACCUGACCACCUUCCUCCUGGCCUCCGUGAUGCUGUCGCUGGUAGGCUCAGGAGAGAACAGAUUAUUGAGGACCAUUUUACCCACCCUUAGAAUCUCCAGAGUAGCCACUCGGUACCAUCUGCUCAGGCAACAGUUGUUCUUUCAGUUACUCCAGUGAAAUUCCAAGAAUUAUGAUGCUGUCAAGGUACUUGUUAUAUUUCCAGCUAGCAGGGUUUCACGCAGCUACAUCUUAUUAUGUAAUAGGUCUUCAUAAAUGAAAGUGGUUGCAGUUAACACUGAUUUUACGAGAAAGUCUGCACACCAAACUUAAUUGUCACUAUAACAUUGUGGAUCUAGGUCUGGUACAGUUACAUAAACUAAAGUUUGUGACAUCCUGAAUCUAAGCUGAAAAAUGUAAAUCACACUCAAGAUCAGCAACUCAGAUAAGCACAUGUGGGACAGUAUUUAUUAUUGUUUUGAAAAAUGCCCAACAAUUGACCUGAAUCCCGUGCUCGUUUUGCUAAUUUCUUUGUAAUUUCACAAUUUCUUCCAGAAUCCUUUGGCACAUAUUUUUAUGCCCCCGCAGACGAAGUCCGCAGGGAGCAUUAAGCGUUGCCUCUAUCCGUCCGUCCGACCCCUCACUUGGUUUUUGCGCAAUAACUUGAAAAAUAUUUCAUAGAUUUUUAGAAUUGUGGGUGUGCAGGUAGAUGACACCAAAAUACAGGCAAAGUUCGAAUUUGAAGUCUGCAGGUCAAAGCUUAUUAAAUGAGCGAGUUGGUUUCACCAUGAUAACUUAAGAAAUAUUCAACAUAUUUUUUAUAAAUUGUGGAGUGUAGGUAGACGACACCAAAAUGCAGGCUAAGUUUGAUUGCGGAGUCCGCAGGUCAAAGGUCAUAGCUCAUAUAUACAAGUUGGUUUUUGCGUAGUAAACUAGCGUUAAGUGGGGGCAUCUGUGUCCUUUGGACACCUCAAAUUUUUAGUUUAUUCAUACCAGCAGACACCAUGGUGUACAUUUUAUUUGAUUCUGUAAAAAGUCAUUUUGAGGUCGUUCCCACAGCUGGAAUUUAUCUUUAAAUCUUAUUUUGUUUUAUCUCAAUCUGUAAAUAUCAAAUCUUUUACCCGAUAUUAUUUCAUAAUCUAUAAUCAACCAAGCAGGUAAUAG